UCUCCAAGGCUCCGGUCUGAAACGGUUAACGCAUGCGACAUGCAAAUGAGCCCAUAUUCGCGGAGAGAGCAGUGGGCUGGGUUUAAACGUUGUGGUGUGCAAGUAGUACUGUACGCUGACAGGCUCUGGUGAACGCCACAGCAUUGUGCCAGUCUAGCGGGAAAAAAACCUUCGGAGAACUCGAAUGAGAGUGAGUCUUUGUGAAUUGCAGCAAGGUUUCAACCCGAGCUGAUGAGAGCGGACCAUGGCAAACCCAGUCUAAAACUGCUGUCACUGGAUCCUGUCCGACCUAAUGGAAUGUGCACUACUGGAGGUUGCCAGUGCUCUGAUGACUGACCAUUUGGAUGGACAUUUUUUGAACGAGAGGACGUCUACUGUUCCCGAAUUUGCUGCAUAGAUCAAUUACUGACAUUACUGCUGUGACGCCGGGAACCCAUGCAGUAGCCUGCGCCGGAGAGGAGUGAAUGAAUGGAGCAGCAUUAUGCUCCAGAAAUAUUCUAGGAUUUAAGUACCUAUACAUUUCCUUGUUUUGUCAUCGGACAAGAUCAUCAUUAGACUUUGGAGCCGUGUCAAAAAAGAAAACAUUUGGCGUGGAUAUAUUGAGAAUAACCCCAUCGCGCGAGAGGAAGCGGAGAGACCACAUAAAACGACUGUGUGACCAGCAUGAAAAUCAGCCGCAUCCUCCUUUGAACCAAAAGAAAGAUGUGAAGACCCCUUGUGAAGGCUGGAAGCAAUUGAAAAGGACAUUAAAAACAAACACAAAUAUACACACCCCAGAGGGCUCCGACGUCUGCUAGAAAGAGGGAGGCUCUUCCUCUCUUCCUCUCAACCCCUCCUCCUUUGUCCCCCCCGCCUUGUAUAGUCACCUGUCACCACCCCCCUGGUUGAAAAUGGAGACCUCAAGGCCAUGUCAGAGGACUUUCCCUCUUGGUCCAAAACCAGGAGCUCUGCUGUGCCCAGUCCUCUGGCUCCUGGCAGCGAUGCUAGCGACAGUAUCCUGUGGGCAGACAUUCACAAGCUUCCACCCCGAGCGGAGGGAAUGGGCCUUCAACCACCUGACGGUGCACCAGACGACCGGAUCCGUGUACAUCGGCGCCGUCAACCGGGUCUACAAGCUCUCGGGCAACCUGACGCUGCUGGUGUCCCACGACACGGGCCCGGAGGACGACAACAAGGCCUGCUACCCGCCGCUCAUCGUGCAGCCCUGUUCGGAGCCGCUGGUCUCCACCAACAACGUCAACAAGCUGCUGCUCAUCGACUACUCGCAGAACCGGCUGUUGGCGUGCGGCAGCCUCUACCAGGGCGUGUGCAAGCUGCUGCGGCUGGACGACCUCUUUAUCCUGGUGGAGCCGUCGCACAAGAAGGAGCACUACAUGUCCAGCAUCAACCAGACGGGCAGCAUGUACGGCGUCAUCGUGCCCUCCAAGGGCGAGGACGCCACGCUGUUCAUCGGCACGGCCGUGGACGGCAAGCAGGACUACUUCCCGACCAUCUCCAGCCGCAAGCUGCCCCGCGACCCGGAGUCCUCCGCCAUGCUGGACUACGAGCUGCACACGGACUUCGUCUCCUCGCUGAUCAAAAUCCCGUCCGACACGCUGGCGCUGGUCUCGCACUUCGACAUCUACUACAUCUACGGCUUCGCCAGCGGCAACUUCGUGUACUUCCUGACGGUGCAGCCCGAGACGGAGAACAGCAUGUCGCCCAGCGGCUCCUCCGCCGACCUCUUCUACACCUCGCGCAUCGUGCGCCUCUGCAAGGACGACCGCAAGUUCCACUCCUACGUCUCGCUGCCCGUGGGCUGCGUGCGCAACGGCAUCGAGUAUCGCCUGCUGCAGUCGGCCUACCUGGCCAAGCCGGGCCGCGUGCUGGCCGCCGCGCUCAACAUCAGCGCGCAGGACGACGUGCUCUUCACCGUCUUCUCCAAGGGCCAGAAGCAGUACCACCGGCCCCCGGAUGACUCGGCGCUCUGCGUCUUCAGCAUCCGCGACAUCAACGCCCGCAUCAAGGAGCGGCUGCAGUCCUGCUACCAGGGAGAGGGCAACCUGGAGCUCAACUGGCUGCUGGGGAAAGAUGUACCCUGCACCAAAGCGCCCGUGCCCAUUGACGACUCCUUCUGCGGCCUGGACAUCAACCAGCCUCUGGGCGGCUCCCAGCUGGUGACGGGCCACACGCUGUACACCGAGCACCGCGACCGCAUGACCGCCGUAACCUCCUACGUCUACAACGGCUACUGCGUGGCCUUUGUCGGCACCAAGAGCGGACGUCUGAAAAAGAUUCGUGUGGACGGGCCUCCUAACGACGGGGUGCAGUAUGAGACGGUGCAGGUCAUCAAGGACGGCAGCCCCAUCCUCCGAGACAUGGCCUUCUCCCUCGACCGCAACUACCUCUACGUCAUGUCCGAGAGACAGGUGACGCAUGUGCCCAUUGAGGCGUGUGAGCAGUAUGGGACGUGUGGCGAGUGCCUGAGCUCCGGAGACCCCCACUGUGGAUGGUGUGUGCUGCACAACAUGUGUACGCAGAGGGAUCGGUGUGAGCGUGCCAAUGAGCCGUACCGCUUCGCUGGCUCCCUGAACCAGUGUGUGAAGGCCACCGUCUAUCCCGACAGCAUUGCCGUGUCCGAGCCCAGUGUGCCGCUCCUGGUCAAAGUGACGGACGUUCCAGACCUUUCUGCCGGCAUCACAUGCUCCUUCGGCAACCUGACUGAGGUGGAGGGCCAGGUGAACGGAAACCAGAUCCUGUGUUUGUCUCCAGCCGCCAAGGACGUGCCCGUCAUCCCUACAGACCAAGACUGGUCGGGUGUGGAGCUGAAGCUGAACUCCAAGGAGACAGGCCAGAUGCUCAUCAGCACGGAGGUGAAGUUCUACAACUGCAGCAUCCAUAACCUAUGUCUCUCCUGUGUGACGAGUUCCUUCCGAUGCCACUGGUGCAAAUAUCGCAACCUCUGCACACAUGACCCCUCCAGCUGCUCCUUCCAAGAGGGUCGAGUCAACGCCUCUGAGGAUUGCCCCCAGCUGGUGCGCUCGGAGGAGAUCCUGAUCCCAGCCGGCGAGGUCAAGCCCAUCACGCUGAAGGCCCGGAACCUUCCGCAGCCGCAGUCGGGCCAGCGGGGCUACGAGUGCGUGCUGCACAUCCAGGGUGUGAGCCACCGCGUCACAGCGCUGCGCUUCAACAGCUCCAGCGUCCAGUGCCAGAACAGCUCGUACUUGUACGAGGGGAUGAAGAUCAGUGAGCUGCCAGUGGACUUCUCAGUGGUGUGGAACGGCAACUUCAUUAUUGACAACCCAGAGAACAUCCAAGUGCACCUGUACAAGUGUGCAGCUCAGCGGGACAGCUGUGGCCAGUGCCUGAAGGCAGAGCGCCGCUUCCAGUGUGGCUGGUGCAACGGAGAGUCCCGCUGUACCCUGCGCCACCACUGCCCCAUGCCCAACCCCUACACCGGACGCUGGCUCAACAUGGACAACAAGAACGUCAAGUGCACCAACCCCCGCAUCACUGAGGUGACACCAAUAGCCGGACCACCAGAAGGAGGUACCAAGGUGACCAUUCGUGGCCUCAAUCUGGGCUUGUCCUUCUCAGAGAUGGUGAACCACGUGCAGGUGGCCGGUGUCAAGUGCACGCCUCAGGAGGAUGGCUACAUCAUCGCAGAACAGAUCGUGUGUGAAAUGGACCCUGCUCCCGUGGACGCCGCUCCCGGGCCUGUAACUCUGUGCGUAGGAGAGUGCAUUCCAGAUCUCAAGACGCGCUCCUCUCAGCUCUACUCCUUUGUGACCCCGACUGUGACAGGUCUGUCCCCCAGCCGAGGGCCUGAGUCCGGGGGAACUAAGGUGACCAUCAUGGGGGAGAACCUUGGAGCAGGCAGCAACGUCAACGUUCUCUUUGGGAACCAGACCUGCGAGUUCUUUGAGCGGACCAUGACGGAGAUCGUGUGCUUCUCGGCGCCCUCCCUGAGCGGUGUGGGGCCCGUGCAGGUCAGUGUGAGUGUGGACCGCGCUCAGGUGCUGUCCAGUCUGCUGUUCGAGUACAUCGACGACCCCACCGUGCAGCGCAUCGAACCCGAGUGGAGCAUCGCCAGCGGCCAUACGCCCCUGGUGGUGACUGGAACCAACCUGGACGUGGUGCAGGAGCCCAGGAUCCGCGUCAAGUACGCCGGCCGAGAAUCCGUCAAUGUCUGCAAGGUGUUGAACACCACGUCCAUGAGUUGCUUCGCGCCAUCCCUGACGGCCGAGUACCGGCCCGGCCUCGACACGGUCAAACACGCCGACGAGUUUGGCUUCAUCUUCAACAACGUGCAGGCCCUGCUGGUGUACAACAACACCAACUUCCUGUACUACCCCAACCCCUUCUUCGAGCCCCUCAGCACCAACGGCAUCAUGGAGCAGAAGCCCGGCUCCCCCAUCAUCCUCAAGGGAAGGAACCUGGUGCCCCCGGCAUCUGGGGGGGUGAAGCUGAACUACACGGUCUUCAUCGGCGAGACGCCCUGUUCUGUCACCGUGUCCGAGACCCAGCUGCUCUGUGAACCGCCCAACCUCACCGGACAGUACAAAGUCAUGGUGCAGGUGGGCGGUCUGCACGUGUCCCCCGGUGCGGUGCACAUCCUGUCGGACAGCCUGCUGACACUGCCGGCCAUCGUGAGCAUCGCGGCGGGCGGCGGCCUGCUGCUCAUCAUCGUCAUCCUGGUGCUGAUCGCCUACAAGAGGAAGUCCCGCGAGAACGACCUCACCCUCAAACGCCUGCAGAUGCAGAUGGACAACCUGGAGUCCCGCGUGGCGCUCGAAUGCAAAGAAGCAUUUGCUGAGCUCCAGACGGACAUUAAUGAGUUAACGAGUGACCUGGACCGAGCCGGGAUCCCCUACCUGGACUACCGCACCUAUGCCAUGAGGGUCCUGUUCCCCGGCAUAGAGGACCACCCCGUGCUCCGGGAACUAGAGGUGUCUGGCAACGGUCAGCAGAGUGUGGAGAAGGCCCUGAAGCAGUUUGCCCAGCUGAUCAACAACAAGGUCUUCCUGCUGACCUUCAUCCGCACGCUGGAGAUGCAGCGCUCCUUCUCCAUGCGCGACCGCGGCAACGUGGCCUCGCUCAUCAUGACCGCGCUGCAGGGCCGCCUGGAGUACGCCACCGACGUGCUCAAGCAGCUGCUCUCCGACCUCAUCGACAAGAACCUGGAGAGCAAGAACCACCCAAAGCUGCUGUUGAGGAGAACGGAGUCUGUUGCUGAGAAGAUGCUGACCAACUGGUUUGCCUUCCUGUUGCACAAGUUCCUAAAGGAGUGUGCUGGGGAACCUCUGUUCAUGCUGUACUGUGCCAUCAAGCAGCAGAUGGAGAAGGGCCCUAUCGACGCCAUCACGGGCGAGGCGCGCUACUCCCUGAGCGAGGACAAGCUCAUCCGCCAGCAGAUCGAGUACAAGACCCUGAUUCUGAACUGUGUGAACCCGGAUAAUGAGAACAGCCCCGAGAUCCCGGUGAAGGUUCUGAACUGCGACACCAUCACCCAGGUGAAGGAGAAGAUCCUGGACGCCGUGUACAAGAACAUGCCCUACUCCCAGAGGCCCAGGGCCGUGGACAUGGACCUAGAGUGGCGUCAGGGCCGCAUGGCGCGCGUGGUCCUGCAGGAUGAAGACAUCACCACCAAGAUUGAGAACGACUGGAAGAGGCUCAACACACUCAUGCACUACCAGGUGUCUGAUCGGUGUGUGGUGGCCCUGGUACCCAAACAGACCUCCUCCUACAACAUCCCCCCUUCAACCAGCAUCUCACGCACCUCCAUCAGUCGAUACGACUCCACGAUACGCUACACAGGGAGUCCAGACAGCCUGCGCUCGCGGGCGCCGAUGAUCACUCCCGACCUGGAGAGCGGCGUGAAGGUGUGGCACCUGGUCAAGAACCACGAGCACGGGGACCAGAAGGAGGGCGACCGCGGCAGCAAGAUGGUGUCCGAGAUCUACCUCACCCGCCUGCUGGCCACCAAGGGUACGCUGCAAAAGUUUGUGGACGACCUGUUUGAGACGCUGUUCAGCACGGUCCACAGGGGCAGUGCCCUCCCGCUGGCCAUCAAGUACAUGUUCGAUUUCCUGGACGAACAGGCCGACAGACACGGCAUCCAUGACCAGGACGUGCGCCACACAUGGAAAAGCAACUGCCUUCCUCUGCGUUUCUGGGUGAACGUCAUCAAGAACCCCCAGUUUGUCUUCGACAUCCACAAGAGCAGCAUCACGGACGCCUGCCUGUCGGUGGUGGCCCAGACCUUCAUGGACUCCUGCUCCACCUCCGAGCACCGGCUGGGCAAGGACUCGCCCUCCAACAAGCUGCUCUACGCCAAGGACAUCCCCAACUACAAGAGCUGGGUGGAGAGGUACUACGCCGACAUUAACAGGCUGCCCGCCAUCAGCGACCAGGACAUGAACGCCUAUCUGGCCGAGCAGGCGCGCCUGCACUCCGUCGACUUCAAUAUGCUGAGCGCCCUCAACGAGAUCUACUCCUACGUCAGCAAGUACAGUGAGGAGAUCACUGCAGCCCUGGAGCAGGACGAGCAGGCCAGGAAACAGCGCCUGUCCUACAAAGUAGAGCAACUCAUCAGCGGCAUGUCUCUGGACAGCUGAGAGACGGCGAGAAAACAAAAGGUGAAGAGAGAAAGAGAGAGAGAGGGAAGAAAAAGAACAUGUAAAAGAAGAGAGUGAAAGGGGCUCGCCCCUACGCACCACCAGCGCCAUCUUCUCACCGCAUCCACCCAGAGAAUCAUCUCGGCAGAUGUGGCACUCAGCCUUCACCUAAUGGGCAGACAACUACUUGGAUACCUCCACCAACCUGGCUGGACGGCUUCGUCUGACCUCAUCAACAUGUCCACCAAACCUGUCAGACAGCUUUAUUUGGACCUUACGGAAAUGUCCACCUUCUUCAGAAGACAUUAGAUUGAAAGGCAUGCCACAUCUGAAGAUAUCAGUCAGAUGUUGAGUGCAGAUGUUGAGCUUAGAUAACGUCUGUCCUAAACUCUCCCAUCGUCCCCUCCAUCCUUCUUUUCUUUCCUUGGCAGUGGCUUACUGUAUGUCCAUGGCACAGGACCAACCCGGCAAUGCCGGAGUUCAAGCAGGGCAUGAUCAGACAUCAUCUCUCUCUCUCUCUGUCUCAGUUUCUCGCUCUUGCUCCCUUAAUGUCUCUCUCUCAAUCUAUAUCUGUCUUUCUCUCUCUCUCCUUCUCUCCCUCUGUCUCUCUCCGAGCUCUUAAGUGCGAGAGUGGAACACUGGGCUGCGACCAUGUUCUUCAAGAUUUUUUUAUUUUUAUACACAAACACUUUGAAAAAAACUUCUUCCAUUAAACCCUUGACCUGGCAUGUCCCAUCACCGGCUUGCAAGGGAGAGCUCUUCUCGCAUUCAGUCCCGUCUCUUCGUGCCGAGGCGUUGACAGAAAGAGAAGUAAAGAGCUUAUCCUCUCCAUCCACCUCCUCUAACCCUCCUCUCCCUUAAUGUCAGACACUUUUCUCACAACGACGAUGCUAAAAGAGACUAAACGUUGAUCUUUUACGCUCCUGGAAUUCACAAAACAUUUCUUGCCGCCGGUGAGCUUAAAGGCGAUGGGUGGAACUGGACUAAAUAUAUCCCCUAUUUUUAUCCUGGUCGAUGGGGCAGUCCUCCCUAUCGCUUUUGCUCUUCAUCAUGAAGGAACGAGACAUCACCAAGGAGAACUGGCGAUUGAAAAAAAAAAAAACAGUACUCUGCAGUGUCUCCAUGUGUACAUGUCCUGUUCUUUUUUUAAGGAAAGAAAAAAAUAUAUGUGUGAAAUUGUAUGUGAAUGUACCAAUGGUCCUCUGUUUUAGUCAUCUCUCCUCGUCCUAGAACAGAAGGAGACAGCAGCGCUGCUCCCUGGAGAAAUCAACUGCUUGGCCAAAAGAAGAUGCUGUAAACAUUCUGGUUACCGAGGACCUUUUAGCUUGAUAAAUGUCAUUCAUUAUUAUAUUGCCAAACUUAACGCUUUGUGAUUGAAGUGUGCUGUGUGCAGUCUUAAUGGGCUAGCCCUCUGGAUGUUGGGCCUGCCGUGUAUAGACUGUGACUCUGCUCCACUAUAUAUUGGAGAAAGCGCUUCCCGCUGAUGGAAUGGAACUUAUAUCGCGGGUGGUACAAGUGGGAUCGAUUCCACUAUAAAACUUACCAGACAGUAUUAUGUUUUUCAGUUCUGUCAAUUUGUGUAUGUAUUUCUGCAUGCGUCCUUCAAAACCACUCGAGAGUGAAAACGAAAACAAGAAAUCUUCCAUUUCUGCUCUGUUUUUAAGUGCCAAGAAAGUCGCAUUAGCUUCAAGUGGCUAAGCUGCCAAGCUAAUGCCGAAUCCAGUCACCAUUAAUGACACGCCCUAUCUGAGGGUUGAUCUCGAUUAAGUGCCAAAAGAUCACUUUAAAUUAUUCACUGACGUGUCAAAAAAAGUCGGUUAAUGCUUUAUAUAGGGAUUCAAGACUUCAGACUGGAGAACAAGAGUGACUUAAAAACCCAGAUGUCGACCAGGUCUUGGCUAGAGCCCAUUCCUCUUAGAAGGUGGCUUUUCCCACGAUCAGAAUUGUGGAGUGGUCUGAAAAACUCCACGACAUCACUGCCAUCUCUCUGGAUUUUGUCCAUCUGUCUCAAAGUGCUAAGGCAGCUAGGUACGAUUUGAAGGAAGUGGGCCAGGAAUCUCACAAUGUCUUCUUGUUUGUUGGUUUGUUUGUUUGUUUGUUCGCUCGUUUGUUUAAAACACACUCAUGCACUUGGAUAUGAAUAUUUUCAAGAGGAUGCGGGUGGGUUUUUGUUUUUUUCAUUUAUUUAUUUUCUCCUCCCAUGAUGUGUAGAGAGAGCUAUCUCAACAAGUAACCACGAACAAAAGCAGCCAUUGCUUUUAUUUAAUAAUGCAUUGUGCCCACAAGCGUUGGGGCAUGUGGUCAUCAUCAAAUAAAAAGCCAAGGUUAAUCAGAGGUCAUACUCAAGAAUAGGCCUGAGAGAGUGGGAUCCAAAUCCGCUUAUGGCACUGGGGUGGUUCGAGGCAGGCUCUGUCGCAGGGCCUAUUCUAAAAAGGUGGUUUAGUUACUAACCCAGCUAUAGGUUACGUUAAAGGUGCACUGUGUAGGAUGGUGGCCGGAGAAUGUAUUGCAACUAUGCCGCCCAUUGAAACUGUGCUGCCUAUUGCCAAAUGUGAUCUUUUCAUGAACAUUUACUUAGUAAUAAACUAAUACUUACUAUUAUGACCAAAGCUCAGCAAGUUUUGCAGCUAAAAUGUCUGUCUAAUAUUUCUGGAAAUUCAAAAAGGCGGACAUGAAGAUCCACCUUUUCAUGUAUGAAAUGUGCAAUUUUCCCAAUCAUAAUGAAUACUUAGAAUUUGAUGAAGUAUUUAUAAAAAAAAUGUAGCCUUUGUGAGUUGGCAGCAUGAAUUCUGGAAAUUAAGUUAAACUAUUAAAUAUAUUACACAGUGCACCUUUAAGUCAGCGAGAACAGUAAAUAUCCUAAUAUUAAGAGACUCGAGGGUUAAUGUUUUCAGUUAAAGCAAAGCCAAUAAGUUACUAAGUUAGCAUAGUCCGACAAGUUGCUAAAACUUCAGGACUUUUUGGAAUAGGCCCUGGCUGGAGAGUCUGCAGACAAACGGUCUUCCAGUGUCGCAGUUUGUGUUGUGAAGCUUCAGUCUGCCUGCAUUGACCUCAGUGUUGUGCUCUGACAUGCGCAAUGCCAGCUCCUCGUUUACGUCAUAUACUUGAAAACUUUAGUCUGUUAUAGCAGUAUACUACGUCAGAUUAGAUUUCAUUAGUCCGGGUUAAAUAUCAUACCAAAAGGAUGUAUAUUAAAUGAAGUGGUGCUUUCUUUAAUCUCUUGUUUUCUUUUCAUUUGAUUUUCUCCCUCCUGUUGCCUUAGGUCACUCCACACCAAACAGAUUUAUCAUAUU